AUCAAAAAUCUGUUAUAUAACGGUUAAAAAGUGACCGUAUUUAUGUAGACGAUCUGGCAAUAUCCGUAAUUAGCUGUGCCAGCCCGAUGCAGUCGAUAGGCACGGCACGUUGCGUUCAUCGAUGGCGCCAUCGGGAGUUGGCCACCUCUAUUCCCAGCUGUCCAGCCAAAUUCUUGAAUUUUUUUUUUAAUUAUUGCUGUUUAUUGAGUAGUGUAGUUUUUAUUAAUUACGAGGUGAAACAGGACAAUCUGGGGGGGGCGCAUCCAUGAACUGAGUCCUUUGCGCGAGUGCCCAUUGUGUAAAUGGGGGGUGGCAACGCAAUGCGUAGCAAAAAAAUCUAUAAAUCAAAAGUAGAGCAGCAGCAGCAGCAGCAGCAGCAGUUGGUGUAACAGUGGGCGGAGGAGGAGGAGGAGCUGGGGGCAUCCUUGUCAUGGAACCCACAGUGGCGGCGGCAGUGGCCCUGACUCCGUUGGUGGCAUGCUGCCUGGCAGACAGGAAUGCAGCGGAUGUCGUGCCCCGCACAGCCAUGCCCAGUUCAGGUGAUGCUGAUGAUGAUGAUGACGAUGAUGCUAAGGAUGAUGCGUUCUACGAGGCUCGCAAUGGCAACGAAAGCGACGAGCUGGAGCAGGCCUUCCAAAGUGCUUUAACACUGGCCAACGCUCAACCGGAGGUGAGCAUCAGCGAUGCGGACGAGCAGCUGCAGCCGGCCCCCGGUGGUGGCAGUGCCUCUGCCUGUGGCCCUGCUGCCUUGAUGGAUGCCCCUGUGCUGAUGCGCAGGAAACGUGAUAAUUCCCCAAAAGACUUGACACACAACGAAGAGGGCUUGCCAGCACAGGAUCCGAAGCCAGACGCGGAAACCGAAGUGGAAACGCUGCUUAAUAAGGCGCCACGGAGCCAUCAGACGCUACUCUCAACCAAAUCCUGCGAAACGCCAGCCAACCACUCGACGCUCUCGCCCACAAACUCGUACAACGGCAGCAUCGGCAGCGAUGGCAGCAGCAGCGUCGGCGGCGGAGCACGGCGCAAGUCCUGGACCCUGUCGCCCCAGAGCGGCGGCUCCACGCCCCUCAGCGGAGCCAAAAAGAAAACAAAAUCUGUGUCUGCGGUUCCUGGAGGAGCAGCUGCUGCAGUUCCAUCCGGCUGCUCCACGCUGUCCAACGCCAAUGGCGAGAGCUUCAAUCUGUGGGUGGCCCGAGAGUGCUUCGAAACGGUGCCCGCCGAGAUGGUGGACAGCCUCAGCGUGGCCGAGGUGGAUGAGGAGGUGGAGGACGAGGAAGACGAAGAGGCGGCCGCCGUGGAGAGUCUACUGGGGGCAGCCGCCGCCCUGCAGGCCAGCACCAAUGUCCAGCGCCGACAGAAGCACCACCAGCAUCUCCGCCAGCCCUCGCCGCCCCAGCACCGACCACUGGAGCGAUCGUGGCAGCCCCGAGCCGUCGGCAGGGAGCUCAAGCUGCAGGGCGAUGUCUUCAAGUUCGACAUCCUUGACACGGACGAGCGUCUGGCGGAGGAGGGUGGCGCCAGCAGCAGCAACAGCACCACUCCCCAGCACAACUCGCCGCUCUCCACGCCGCCCGUGCGCUUCAAGCCGCUGAUCAAGAAGAAGAUCGGCCCGGACAGCUACAUCAACACGAUCAGCACGCAGAAGGUGCCAGUGGCGACGGGAUCGGGGGUCCAGCAGAGCUACGAGUUCCCCCCCACCUUCCCUUUGGGCGGGAGCUCGGCCGGAGUGUCCGUCAGCUCCUCGCCGAGCAACAACUCAGCGUUGAGCAGCAGCCAGCAGCAGCAUCAGUUCCCGUAUUUGCGCCAGCAUCGUCCCCUGUCCCGAGCCCUGUCCAAUGGCAAGGCCGCCUCCACGUCCGCGGAGGAGCAGCACCAGCAGCAGCAUUUGGUCUCCUCGCCGCGUCUGUUGCUCUCGCCCAAGCACCAACGGAGUCCUCCCUCCGGCUGUUCCACUAGAAGUGCCUCGCCGCUGGAUGUGGCCGCCAGUCCGGAGCAGCACUCACCCACGCGGGGUCGGGGCGUCGGUGGCGUCACUGCCAUGGCGGAGACGACGGCGGUGGCGGCGGCUCCCGGCACGCCCACUUUCCAUGGCCACCAGCGACCACAGCAGAGGCUUCUCAAGCGAGUGGGAGGAGGAGCGGGAGCUACGUCCACUGCAGCAGGAGGGGGAGGAUCAUCCUUGAUCUGCCCACCCACGCCCACACACCAUGCCCGGCGGCAUGCCCGCCUUCAAGCCGUCACUGCCAACUCCAGCCAUCCGGCGGAGUGCUCCUCCAGUCCUCCCCCAUCUAGUCAAUUGGAUUACAUCUACCUGCAGACGACGCCGCCUGGGUCGCCAGCGGCCCUGGAGCCCGCCGCCGAGGAGAUGGUCCACAUCAGCAGCACCCGCCUGCCGUCCAUUCCGGAGCGUACAGCAGCAGCAGCAGCGGCGGCGGCGGCAGCGGCAGCUGCUGCAGCAGCCGGAGGAGCCCUAAUAGAGUCCGGAACAGGAGUCGAAGCCGGGGGACUGGGCGGGGGAGCUGGAGAGCCGCCACUGCCACCGGCGUGGGAGGCGCGCAUGGACAGUCACGGGCGCAUCUUCUACAUAGACCACACCACACGGACGACAUCCUGGCAGCGACCCGGAGCGGCGCCCAGCGGGGGACCUGCGGGACGCGAGCAACACCAUCGCCAGCAGCUGGACAGGCGCUACCAAAGCAUACGGCGGACCAUCACCAACGAGAAUCGACUGGCCGUCUACAGUCUGCCCCCGCCGCCCCGGCAGUCGAAUGCAGCGGCGGCGACGGCGGCGGCAGGGGCAGCGGCCCCCACUACUGCUGCCGCAGGUGCCGCCACUGCAGCGAGUGCAGCGACACCAGUCGCCUCCUCGGACAUUCAUCCGGCGAUACUGAUGCUCUGUCGGCCCGACUUCUACUCCCUGCUGCACACGAACGAGGCGGCACUGACGAUCUACAACCGGAAUGCCGCCCUCAAGCACAUGGUGAUGCGGAUCAGGCGGGACCCGCAGUGCUUCCAGCGGUACCAGUACAACAAGGAUCUGGUGGCCCUCGUCAACACGUUCGCCCAGAUGGGCCGCGAGCUGCCCUCCUGCUGGGAGACGAAGCUCGACCAGUCCGGCAAGCAGUUCUUCAUCGACCACCAGCACCGGAAGACCUCCUUCAUGGACCCACGCCUGCCUGUCGAGUGUCCCCGUGUCGUGCGCCAUCGCCAGCAGCACCAGCAUCAGUCGUACUUCCAUCCUGACCUCGUGGACGGCAAUUGCCUGUCGGCCACCAGUGGCCACAUCAACUCCAGCUCUGGCUCUGCCUCUGCCUCGGCUGCCUCGUCCUCCCUGGGCUCGGUGUCGGGUGUGCCGCCCCUGCCACCGCCACGUCCCUCCUCCAGCAGCGGCAUCAGCGGAAGGAGCAGCCAUGGUGGCCAUGGGGGCAGCCACAACUGCACCACAACGGCGGCCAUCGGCUGUGCAUACAGUCUGGGCGGAGCAGCGGGCGGAGGCGGAGCCACUGCAGCCGGCUACGAGGAUGUGCCCAUUGCCUACAACGAGAAGGUCAUUGCGUUUCUACGCCAGCCCAACAUCCUGGAGAUACUGCGCGAGCGCCAGGGACAGCACACGGUGUCCCGUUCGUUGCGCGAAAAAAUCAAUGUGCUACGAGUGGAGGGCGUGCCGGCUCUAGAGCGGCUGGGUCAUGACCUACAAUUGACCAUUUUGCUUAGCCUGUUCGAGCAGGAGAUCAUGAGCUAUGUUCCUAUUGAAGAGCGGAGUCCACAGGGCUCGCCGGUGCUCAGCUCGAGGAUGCCGCAGCGUGCGCCGCCGCCCUUUCGGCGCGACUUUGAGGCCAAGCUGCGCAGCUUCUACCGCAAACUGGAGUCCAAGGGCUACGGCCAGGGGCCGCACAAGCUCAAAUUACACAUUCGUCGCAGCCACCUGCUGGAGGACGCCUUCCGUCGGAUAAUGUCUGCCAACAAGAAGGAUCUGCAGCGCGGACGCCUGGCUGUGCUGUGGGACACUGAGGAGGGCCUGGACUACGGCGGGCCGUCGCGCGAGUUCUUCUUCCUGCUGUCGCGGGAGCUGUUCAAUCCCUACUACGGCCUGUUCGAGUACUCGGCCAACGACACGUACACGGUGCAGGUGUCGCCGCUGUCGGCGUUCGUGGACAACUGCCACGACUGGUUCCGCUUUAGCGGCCGCGUCCUGGGCCUGGCCCUCGUCCACCAGUAUCUGCUGGAUGCGUUCUUCACGCGUCCCUUCUACAAGGCGCUGCUGCGGCUGCCGGUGGCCCUCAGCGACCUCGAGUCGCUGGACAACGAGUUCCACCAGUCGCUGCAGUGGAUUCGGGACAACGACAUCGGCACGGGCGUCGACCUGGGCCUCACCUUCUGCGUCACCGAGGAGCUGCUGGGGCGCGUCGUCGAGCGGGAGCUGAAGCCGGGCGGCAAGAACAUGAUUGUCAACGAGAAGAACAAGAAGGAGUAUCUGGAGCGGAUGAUCAAGUGGCGGCUGGAGCGUGGCGUCCAGGAGCAGACCGAGUCGCUGGUGCGCGGCUUCUACGAAGUGGUCGACUCGCGCCUUGUCUCCGUCUUCGAUGCCCGCGAGCUGGAGCUGGUGAUCGCCGGCACCGCCGAAAUCGACACCAACGACUGGCGCCUGAACACAGAGUACCGAUCGGGCUACCACGACAACCACCAGGUGAUCGUCUGGUUCUGGCAGGUGAUCGAGCGGUUCAGCAACGAGCAGCGGCUGCGCCUGCUGCAGUUCGUCACGGGCACCUCCAGCAUCCCGUACGAGGGCUUCUCGGCCCUGCGCGGCUCCACGGGGCCGCGUCGUUUCUGCAUCGAGAAGUGGGGCAAGCCGAAUGCCCUGCCGCGUGCCCACACCUGCUUCAAUCGGCUGGACCUGCCGCCCUAUCCCACACCGGAGCUGCUCUACGAGAAGCUGCUGCUGGCCGUCGAGGAGACCAACACGUUCGGCAUCGAGUAGAGGAGAGGGGCUCUCCGCCGAGUGAUAUUCCCCUCCCCAUCCAUCCAUUCCCUUUCCCUCCCCAUUGUUACACCAUGAGUACCCAUGAGAGUACCCGUCCCCCAAGCAUUCCGAAGCGCUUUAUAUUGAUUUUAGAAGUUCUUUAUAACUUGCCUAGUUAUAUUGUUAGUUAUUGUACUGUAGUUAUUUAUAGGAUUCCCCCUCCACAGGGAUCCCAAUCCCGAUCCCAUGACACCAGACAGCAUCUCCUAAGCACCCCCUUUUGCCUUCGUUUGCCGUUUACUGAAUUGAUGUUACCUCAAGAGCAAAGAGCGAAGGUUUGCCGCCAGCGCCGCCAGUCACUAGUCCUAAGAUUUA